UGAAAUUAUGUAACAUUGCAAAUCCAACGUGCAUAAUUUCAUAAAUAUAUCUCUACUAUGUUGUAUAAAAACCAUAGGCUCUUAUAUUUAUUGCCUUCACUUCUUACUUGCUUUUUUUGCCCAUAACUUAACUCUUCAUAUUUUUUGGGGGGGGGGGUUUAUGAUGAAUUUAAGUGAUUUUAGCACUUUAUUUGUGAUUUUUUUCUUGAUUUGUGGUGAUCAAUAUUCUUGUUACAUUAUAACAUGGGAUGAUAUGAAGGUAGAUUUAAAUAAAAAUGAAUUUAUACGAUCGCGUUCUUCAUCUUCAUCUUCAUCUUCGUUAAAAAGAGUUAUAGUUGUUGAUCAAAAUGGUAAAGGAGAUUCAAUUAGUGUUCAAGGUGCAGUUGAUAAAGUUCCUUCAAAUAAUUUACAAAGAGUUAUUAUUUACAUUCAUCCUGGAACCUACAGAGAAAAGGUACAUAUACCAGCAUCAAAGCCAUUCAUAUCAUUAGUUGGUGAUCAAAAUCAAACAACUAGAACCAUUAUUUCUGGUCAUGAUAAAGCCUCUGAUACUGACCAAUAUGGUUCUAUUUUAGGCACUUCUAGAACUGCCACACUCACUGUUGAGUCUGAUUACUUUUGUGCAACUGGCAUUACUAUCGAGAACACAAUAAUUCCAGAUCCUAAAGGUGUUGGAAUGCAAGGAGUGGCAUUGAGAUUAAAUGGUGAUAGAUCAGUUUUGUAUAGAGUUAGAAUAUUGGGAUCACAAGAUACACUUUUAGAUGAUGCUGGAUCACAUUAUUUUUACCAAUGUUAUAUUCAAGGAUCUGUUGAUUUCAUUUGUGGAAAUGCUAGGUCACUUUAUAAGAAUUGUACUCUACAUUCAAUAGCCAAAGGGUAUGGAGCAAUUGCAGCACAACACAGAGAUACAGAAGAUCAAGAUACUGGUUUCUCUUUUGUUAAUUGUAAAAUCAAAGGAAGUGGCAGAGUCUUUUUGGGCAGAGCAUGGGGAGAAUAUUCAAGGAUUAUAUAUUCCAAAUGUGAUUUUGAUCCUAUUAUUGAUCCAAAAGGUUGGACUGACUGGAAUCAACCAUCUAGGCGCCAGCAUACAGUGUUUGGAGAAUAUCAGUGCAGGGGCAGUGGAGCAAAUAGAGCAGGUAGAGUGACAUGGUCCAAGACUCUCAAUCAAUCUGAAGCAGAACCUUUUUUGGAUGUGAAGUUCAUAGAAGGACAACAAUGGCUCAGACUCUGAACUUUCACAAUACAAUUUUCUGUGUGCUAUUAUGCAAAUUCAUUCAAAAACAGAACUAAAUUGGCUAAUGAGCCCUCAAUUUUGAAAUAGACAUAGGAGCGGCUCAAUAAGAUCGGUGGCCUAAAGCGAUAUUGUGUCUCAA